AUGGAACCUGAAGAUGUGAUCACCUCUAAGCCUUCAGACCAUGGAACAGUGAAAGUACAACUACCUCCAUUCCUUCAAAGACUGAAAAAGAAGCAAAACGAUGAAGGUCAGUAUCAUUGCUUCCUGAAAAUAUUGAAACAACUACACAUCAAUAUUCCAUUUACAAAAGCGAUAGAGCAGAUGUCGGUGUAUGCCAAGUUUUUGAAGGAUAUGGUUUCGAAGAAGAGAAGUACAGGAAAAUUCGCCACAGUGGCAUUAACACAAGAAUCAAACAUUAUAAUCCCACCAAAGAUGCACGACCUAGAUAGCUUUACAAUACCCUGGUCAAUAGGAGGGAUCUACAUUGGUCUGCUGACACCCACAACGGUGACUCUUCAGCUUGCAGAUAGGUCCUUGUUACACCUUGGAGGAAAAUUGAAGGAUGUCUUGGUCACAAUCAACGAAUUCAUUCUACCUAUAGACUUCAUCAUUCUAGAUUAUGAAGCGGAUAAAGGUGUGCCAAUCAUAUUGGGACGACCAUUCUUGUUUAUUGGUCGUGCUCAAAUAGAUGUGUACAGGGGAGAAAUCACAAUGAGCAUAAAUGGAAAGAAGCUCAGGUUUAAUUUUAUCAAGGCAAUGAAGUUCCUAGAAGAUGAAGGCUUAUCAGAUUCUGAUGAUGAACAUACUUGCGUUGAAGAUUUAGAGUCCGAUGAAGAAAAUGAAGAAAGAGAGGAUGCGACAACCUCCUUAGAAACCUGCCAUGUUUCAAAGGAUGGGCCAAAGGAUGGGGAUAAAGCAAAAAUUGAAGCCAUAGAAAAAUUUCCACAUCCAGCAAUUGUGAAAGCUUUAAGGAGUUUCUUAGGACAUGAGGGGUUCUACAGACGAUUUGGGAAGAACUUCUCCAUAAUAGCUCGAUCGUUGAAUGCGUUGCUAGAAGUUGACAACCCUUUUGACUUUGAUUGA